ACGUUACCCACUCACUACAUUGUUGCCAUUGAUCAACAUCUACGGAUUGUUCAUUGCACAUUUUAUAUUAUCUACUUCACAUAGAGAAUACACAUCUGUAAUUUGGGCAGGACAAGAUGGCGAGCUGCAAUUUUCAGGCGCAGUUGGUAUCCAUUAUGGAGGUAUUAGCUAAAGCUGCUGUAGCAGAAAUAAACAAACGUGUAGAUGAUAGCUGUGCUGUUAUACGUUUGGAAAUGACCCAAAGCCAGCGAGAUAUUGAUGUAUUGAAAAGGAAGUGGCAAAUGAUGGAGAGCGAGCUGGAGAAGACGCGCAGACGAAAAGAGAGAUCUUCAUAUCCAGUCAAAAUUGUUUUGAAUAAGCAGAGGAGUAGCUCACAGUGCAGAGACGAAGAGCUGGCUCUAGAAGAGGACUCUCAACCCCAGCCUACAGAUGUGGAGCAGAGAGUGGAGACUGAACUCAUACUGAUCAAAGAUGAGGAGACAGCAGAGGAUGUGUGGAAGACUGACCCUCAGGAAGAGUUCAGGAUCACUGGAGAGGAAUCUGGUUCCAAGCCUGGGAAACCACCAUCCUUUGAGCAACGGCACUGUGAUGAGGACUUCAUCACACAACCCAAUAUAUCUCCCAGAGACUCAGUGGAACAUUACCCCAAUUCUGAUCGUCCAGAGGAACCAGGAACACCCCAGCUCGCAUCUACAGAGGUGUUCAGCACAGAGCAGCACCGGCCGGAUGAGGACUCACUAGACCUAGUGAUGGUGAAAGAGGAGGAGCUGGAUCAGACCACGGCCCUGGCUGGACCUGGCCAGUUUGUCAUGGAUGAGACUGAUGGGAAGCUGUGGACCUCUGUGGAUCCAGGCAGAGACACUGACCCUGUCUGCCACCCAGAUUUCUCCUUUCAUUCCACAGAAGAGUACUCUCAGAAUAUCUCAAUUUACCCAUCUCAUAGUGGGCUGCCAUCUGUUCCUACUAUGACAGAUGAAGUGGGGCCAUCGCUUCACUCUUCUAUAUGGAAACCACAUGCUAACAUGUUCAGUGCAGCAAAACACAUGACAAGACAUGUCAGGACAUUGGCUGAUGAGACUAGACAACAGAUGCCAGAGGGACAGAGCAGCGAGACGCUGAACUCAAAUAAUGAUGGUAAUAGUUUAGCUCUACAGCCAAGGCAGCAUCAGUACAGGGCUUCAGAAGCAACAGUGAGAUUGAGUGAGUGCAUGACAGGGUCAAACAUGGCCACCACCUCCACGUUCUCAGAAUACAGCCUGAGUCGCAGUAGUUUUAACAUGGUGAAGAGAAUGAGGACUCAGUGGAGGUCAGGUGGCACCACUGAGAGGCGUUUCAGCUGCACCUUCUGUGGGAAGAGCUUCCAGCGUCUCUGCCAGCUCAAAGUACACCUCCGGAGUCACACCGGAGAGAAACCGUACACCUGUGAACAGUGUGGCAGGAGUUUCACCAAGCAGUGCAACCUGAUCAGACAUGCUGUGGUCCACAGUGGGGAGAAACCGUAUGAGUGCACACAGUGUGGGAAAUGCUUCACCCAGCGUUCCAAUAUGACAUCACAUCAGAGAACUCACAUAGGAGAGAUUGCAGUGUCUCCAUACGUAGCACCUGCAUACUCUGGGGAUCCACACACAAGUUUAAUGUAGUCUCAGAACAGAUGGAACAUAAUUGCGUUAUGCUUCGGAAACACUUUCUAUGUAAAUUUUGGUUUAGAAUGUAUUUUGAGAAAUGUUGACAACCUUUUCCUCCUCAUUGAUUUGUGAAAUGGUUUUCAUGUUUCACUGUUCACGGAUCCUCACUUUUUUUAUUAAUAACCUAUUUAUUUACAUCUACUAACAUUUAAUAUUUCUACCACAAAAUCAUAAAACCAUACUAUAUUCAAGCAAAUGUAUUUAAUGAAAGAGUCAAUCUGUGCUUUUAGAUGAAUAAUAUGUAGGAGCCAUUUAGUCUGUAUUGUCUAGGUAGUGUCUGACUAUCUGGGAUGUCACGUCUUGCCACAAGGGACAGUCUCAUAUCAGGUCAGGUUAAUAACUCAAUUCAACUUGAUUUUCAGUUAGGUUUGGAAAUUACUCUGCUGCCUUAAAAUGUUGAGUUACUGUAUGUCUUUUCAAAAUGAGGCAAUAAAAUAUGUUUCAGUGUAAUAGGCUAUACAUGUUUAUACAACUUUAUAUUUUACAUCAGGAAACUACACUUACUGUGUACAUUGUCUAAACUGACACCACUGGGACUGUAUAAAACUGGUCAUCUGAAUCAAAGUUCAUUAGAUGCUGUAGAUGGCUAAAUAGAGAAGAGAAAAAUAAUUAUAUGAUUUGUAAUUUCAAAGAUUUACCUCUUCAUUGAUUUGCCUAUCAACAGGGGCGGAGAUAAUUGAGUGAGCAGGAAGUCAACAAAUUUAGUUAUUUCGUACUUCAUCGCUUGUGUGUACCUGUGUAGAGUCAAGGUAGGAACAGUCUUACAUCUCCUUACUCUUUCUUAUUUAUUGUUCUUACAUCAGUCAUCCCGAAACUCGAAAGGUGUAACAGUGACCAUGUGUUAAGGGUGGAAUGGUAGGGGUCAGGGGGAUGGCGAGGUGGGGUCAGGCUCAGAGGCUUCAUGUUCUACGACAGGCCUGCAGGCACAACGAUGUGCAAUUCAAUUGACUUCCACUGUAGUGAGAUGGCUGCAGGAGGCAGGGAGGAGAGGGCCUCAGAACAGCCAGAGCUGUGGUUUGGGGUGUCGGGGUGUCCAUCAGCAUACUCAUACACAUUUUGAUACAUAUUGUGUGUAAACAAAUAAUGUGCAAAAUUUGGGACAGAAACACCAAGAAACAGGUGGAUGUUAUUCUAACUCGUAAAUGUUCACGCACUCAAAUAAUUUCUCAAAGAAUGGAUGAAUAGUCACAGUAAUAUACUGUUGAUGUUUGUAUGCUUACACUAUCUGCAUCUCUGUACAGGCAGUGGUGGAAAAAGUACUCUAUUGUCAUACUUGAGUAAAAGUAAAGAUACCUUUAAUAUAAAAUGACUAGUGACGCAGUGAAAUACGACUUGAGAAGUCUAAAAGUAUUUGGUUUUAAAUAUACUUAAGUAUCAAAAGUAAAUGGAAUUGCUCAAAUGUACUUAAGUAUCAAAAGUAUAAACCACUUCAAAAUGUUUUAUAUUAAACAAACCAAAUGGCAA